CGCCAGCCGGUCCGUCCGCCCUCACCGGCCUUCACUCUGGAGCGGCCCGGGCAGCCGCAGCAGGGGCGGCGGCGGCGCAUCGAGGAGCUCUCCAGGUCGUCCCGGGAGAAGCUGCUGCAGUCCCGGGACAAGAUGUUCUCCAAGCUCACGUCCAUCCUGCAGCACGCCGUGGAGGCGGGUGAGGCCGCGCGGGGCCUUGCACCGUCUCUUCCAUUACAAGAGGACUUUGUUUAUCACUGGAAGGCAAUUACCCAUUAUUACAUAGAAACUUCAGAUGAUAAAGCCCCAGUGACUGACACGAACAUCCCAUCCCACCUGGAGCAGAUGUUGGACAUACUGGUCCAAGAAGAAAACGAGCGAGAAUCGGGAGAGACGGGGCCAUGCAUGGAGUACCUGCUCCAUCACAAGAUCCUGGAGACGCUGUACACCUUGGGGAAAGCCGACUGUCCUCCAGGAAUGAAGCAACAGGUCUUACUGUUCUACACCAAGCUUCUGGGGAGAAUCCGACAGCCGCUGCUCCCACACGUCAACGUGCACAGGCCUGUGCAGAAACUAAUCCGACUCUGUGGUGAGGUCCUUGCCACCCCGACUGAGAACGAGGAGAUCCAGUUCCUGUGCAUCGUAUGUGCGAAGCUGAAGCAGGACCCCUACUUGGUUAACUUCUUUUUGGAGAACAAGUCGAAGUCACUGACGUCCAGAGGAACCCCGAGCAUCAUCUCAGAAGAUGACCCAAAAGGUCGGGACCCCACAUCAGCAGACACCAGCCAGUGCCACCAGCCCCAAGAGCCACCAGCUGCUGCUGGGGUCAGGCACACAGAGUUAGAGGAUGAAGCCCCUCACCAGAUGGAGGACCUGUCCGCGAGCUUGGAUGACCUCAGUGUCACCUCACUGCCAGAGGCCUCCGUUGUCCGAUCAAACCAGGAUUACAACUUAGUGAAUUCUUUGUUAAACCUGACCAGGAGCCCUGAUGGCCGGAUAGCCGUGAAAGCGUGCGAAGGCCUGAUGCUCUUGGUGAGUCUGCCAGAGCCUGCGGCCGCCAAGAGUCUUGCUCAGAGCACCUGCUUGUGUGAGCUGCUGACCGGCAGGCUCACCUCCCUGUACAAGGCCCUACCUCAGUCAGUGGAUCCCUUAGAUAUUGAAACUGUGGAGGCGAUUAACUGGGGGCUGGACUCGUACAGUCAUAAAGAAGACACGUCUGCGUUCCCAGGAAAGCGAGCCUUGAUCUCAUUUCUUUCCUGGUUUGAUUACUGUGAUCAGCUCAUCAAAGAGGCACAAAAGACUGCCGCUGUUGCUCUCGCCAAAGCCAUCCACGAAAGGUUCUUCGUUGGCGUCAUGGAACCUCAGCUGAUGCAGACGUCCGAGAUGGGGAUUCUGACAUCGACGGCUCUGCUACAUCGUAUUGUUCGACAAGUGACCUCGGAUGUCCUGCUUCAGGAAAUGGUGGUCUUUAUCCUCGGAGAACAGAGAGAGCCAGAAACUCUGUCAGAAAUCAGCAGGCAUCCCCUAAGACAUAGGUUAAUUGAACAUUGUGAUCACAUAUCUGAUGAGAUAAGCAUAAUGACGCUGAGGCUGUUUGAGCACCUGCUGCACAAGCCCAACGAGCACAUCCUCCACAACCUGGUGCUGAGGAACCUCGGAGAGAGAAACUACACGGAAAACAGGCCUCUGUGCCCAGAAGACAAGGACGCGGUGGAGAAUGGGCUGAUAGCCGGCGCCGUAGAUCUGGAGGAAGAUCCCUUAUUUACUGACAUUCCACCAGAUAACACUCUGCCAAGCCAAGAGUGGAUCAGCUCUCCCCACACCAGCCCAGACCACCCCAAAAAUGAUGGCAAGACGGAAGUCCAUAAAACCGUCAACAGUUUCCUCUGUCUAGUGCCAGAUGAGGCGAAGUCAUCCUACCAUGUUGAAGGCACCGGCUACGACACCUACCUCCGAGACGCUCAUAGGCAGUUCCGGGACUACUGUGCUAUCUGCUUACGAUGGGAGUGGCCUGGAGCCCCCAAACCUCUGGAAAAGUGUGAUUUAGAUGCAGCCUUCUUUGAAGGACAUUUUUUGAAAGUUUUAUUUGACAGAAUGGGAAGAAUUCUUGAUCAGCCUUACGAUGUGAAUCUGCAGGUGACCUCAGUGUUGUCCAGACUCUCCCUCUUCCCUCAUCCGCACACACACGAGUACCUUCUGGAUCCAUAUGUGAACCUGGCCUCUGGCUGCAGGUCCCUCUUCUCCGUGAUCGUCAGAGUUGUCGGCGACCUUAUGGUUCGAAUUCAACGCAUUCAAGACUUCACCCCCAAGCUUCUCCUAGUCAGAAAGCGAUUGCUUGGCCUGGAGCCUGAAGGCCCGAUCGUUGACCACAUCACGCUGCUGGAGGGUGUGAUUGUGCUGGAGGAGUUCUGCAAGGAGCUGGCGGCAAUUGCGUUUGUGAAGUACCACGCGUCCGCCACGCCGUGA